AACAGAAGUAAAAUCUGAAAAAACAAAAUUGGUCCCCUGUCUCCUUUUGGUCACUGGACCUCUCUUUCUUUCUUUCUUCCACCGACACUUUCAUCUCACUUCUCUCUUCAACUCUUCCUUCUCUUCUCCGAUCAUAUCAGUUAUUUUAACUUAAAUAAAACCAGUCUCCUUUCUUUUCCUUUGAAGAAGAUAAAAGAAGAAGAUCAGCAUUUACCUCUAAAAAUAUCCAGGUUUUAAUUGUAAUCUUUUAUAAUUCUGUUUGGCAGAAGCAGUUCUUUGCACAAAAGAAACAAAAAUGGCAGUGGAGAAAAACAACAAAAUGGAUAAUGCGACUGUGAAGCAGAGAAAUAUUGUAUUGGUUGGAAUUAAAAUUGAUGAGAGUGGCAAAGAGAUCUUGAAAUGGGCGCUUGAAGCAGUUGCUGAACAUGGAGACUGUGUUGUUGUUGUUCAUGUUUGUUCAACUUUUCAUAGUGCCUUGAAAAGCAAGUUAGAGUUGGAUCGGUACUUAGAACUUUACAGUGAAUUGUGCUCAACAAAGAAGAUCGAACUCAACGGAGAUGUUUUGAAGGGAAAGUCAGUUCAAGGGGUUUUAGUUAAAGAGGCAAAUAGAUACAACGCUAUGUCCAUUAUUGUUGGAGUUAAACAUCAAAGAAAACUAAGUCUAAAAGUAGCUAAAGGCUGCGCAAAAGAGCUUCCUCCAACAACUGAUGUUUUGGCCAUCUACAGAGGAGAUAUAAUAUUUAGACGUUCCAACCAUUCCCAGCCACCUCUUUCUCAAAACAUAAGUUCAAGACCAAGUUCUGAACAUUCUGAUGGAUUUUCAGACAAAGAACUCAAACUGAAAUCCGAAAAAUCAACGGUUAAAAACAGAGUGCUGCAGAGAACAAGCCAAGAGAAGAGGAGGGUUUCUGGUAGAUCACUUUCUCUUCCAUCAGUGGAGGUAGUGGACCAGAAACCAGGUUGGCCAUUGCUAAGAACAACCACUUCAGCUCCUCCAGUGGUUCCACAUCAGACUCGGAAAAUAUCAGUUGUCAAUUGGGUCAUGAGCUUGCCUGAACGGUUUCCACAUCAUACUUCUCAACCAAGCUUUUGUGAUUCACAUCUUAAAGACAUACUAAAGGAAAUAAAUAAAUGGUUUAGCUAUGAUGUUCUUAAAACAGCAACAUCAGGUUUCUCUUCAGAGAAUCUAAUUGGAAAAGGAGGAUGUAACGAAGUCUACAAAGGGGUUCUUGAAGAUGGGAAAGCAGUGGCGGUGAAGAUCUUGAAAUCAUCUGGAAAAGAAGAAGCAGUGAAGGAUUUUGUUCAAGAAGUGAGCAUAAUCUCUUCUUUGAAUCACCAAAACAUCUCUCCUUUAAUCGGUGUCUGCGUCCAAUAUGAUGACCUUAUCUCUGUUUACAAUCUCGCAUCCAGAGGAAGUUUGGAGGAGACCCUUCAGGGUAAGCAUGUAUUGACAUGGGAAGCGAGAUUCAAGAUAGCAAUUGGGUUAGGGGAAGCUCUUGAUUAUCUUCAUAACCAAUGUUCUAAUCCUGUCAUCCACAGAGAUGUCAAAUCUUCUAAUGUUCUUCUCUCAGAUGAGUUAGAACCUCAGCUGUCGGAUUUCGGACUCUCGAUGUGGGGAUCAAAGUCUUGUUUAUACACAAUACAAAGAGACGUGGUGGGCACGUUUGGAUACCUAGCUCCUGAAUACUUCAUGUACGGAAAGGUCAGCAACAAAGUUGAUGUUUAUGCCUUUGGAGUAGUUUUGCUUGAACUCAUAUCAGGAAGAACUACUAUUUCUUCUGAUAGCCCAAGAGGACAGGAGAGUUUGGUCAUGUGGGCAAAACCGGUUAUAGAAAAAGGUGCUGCAAAAGAGCUCUUGGAUACGAACAUUUCAGGGAAUUUCGAUGAGGCUCAGUUUCAGAAAAUGGUUCUUGCUGCUAAAUAUUGUCUUACAAGAGCAGCUACUCAUCGUCCCAAUAUCAGAGAGAUACUCAAGCUGCUAAAAGGAGAAGAUGAAGUAGAGAAAUGGGUGAAGAAAGUAGAAGAAGAUGAUGACUGUUUCGACGACGAGGUUUACCCAAAUUCAAACAAAGAACUACACUUGAGCCUUGCAAUGCUCGACAUCGAGGAUAAUGACUCUAUUUCAGUUGGCAGCUUGGAGAGAAGUAACAAUAGCCUAUUUUCUUCUUCUCCAUCUCAGGAGCUUCAGUCUUGAUUAGGGUUUUCUUAGUCUCUCGAGUUUGCUUGAGGAUUACGUCAUCUUCCAUGGUGUCUGCAAUCAAAUCAAUCUAGCUAUCCACUACUCUGACUUUGGCUUUUGCAACCAUUGUCGGAAAAGUGUUUUUUUCUUUCUUUUGGGUAUAGAUGAGAGGAGGUAAUAAGACUUCCAAAAUAAUGAUUAAAGUGUUCGAAUUAAAAUAAAAAGAUUAAAGUGUUCA